GCCUGGGACCCACAUAUGGAGCAUGCAUACAUGAUGCACAUGCAAGAUGUGUGUACACUGUGGAUGCAAGAGAUGCAUGCAAUGCACAGAGGAUGCACACACCCAAACCUGUGGCAAAAUGCAUGCUUCUGACCUGCACACACCGCCUUCAUGAUGUGCCCACUCUGGCUACAGAACACAUGGUGUGCACAUAUUUUGCCCAGGUGCAAUAAUACACAAGCGGUGUACAUGGGAGGCAUAGAGUACCCUCCCCCUCAACAUGCACCGAGCAAUGUUGCAUACACUAGAGUGCAGAAUCAGGCACAUGUGAUGUGCACAGGCCAUGCACAUGGGAAACACACAGACCUACAUAAGAGUCCUAGCUUCCUAGAUUCUCAGGCCAGAAGCAAAUCUAGUUGAGACAUCCUGUAAAGCUCGGACCAUAGGACUCUCCCCAUGGCCACUGGCUUGUGCACUGUGUGCAUGUACACAUACCAUGUGUGUAUCCUGCAUGCCCAUUGCACUUCCCCACAUUACAUGGGUGCUUAAUAUGUGACAUGAACUCAGCAGGUAGGCACCAUGCAUGCACAACCCGUGUGCAUUGUUUUGAUGCACCAAGCUUUUGUGUCACCCAUAAGUGUGACACAUGGGAUGUGUGUGCAUGGGGGCUUACUGGGCAGGGGCUCUAUGUGUGCAGCAUGGGAAUUAUCUCUGUUUGUGAGAUGUCCAAGUUACAUGUGUGCAACAUGCCUGUUUUGCAUAUGCAGCACAUGUGAAUUGCUUCCAUGCCCUAUACAUCUGUGCCUCAUACAUGUGCUUUUGGAAGCAUUUCCAGGCUGGCCUUACUAUGAUGCAGCAGCUCAGUCUGCCCCCAGUCAUGGCCAGACAGGCUGGCCAUGCUUGUGUGGUGAGACCCACUGACCUGUACAGUAGGUUUCUUCCCCAUCACACUGGCAGCAUGAUCCAUAUCCUGCACACACAUGGCACACAUGGGUGACAUCUGCAGCAUGCACAGGUGUGUCACAUGUGCACACAUAUGGGAGACAUGCAAGUGCCCUGUCCACAGAGUGCACUACACAGCACAGAUAGGCACACGUGGCUGCCUGCCUCACCCCCCUCCCUUGUAUGUAUGUAUGUCUGUAUGUAUGUAUGUAUCUAUCCCCUCCUCCACUCCUCCUCAUACCCCUUUCCAUCCUCUAUACGCCUUUUCUUCACCCAAUUUUCCCCAACCUGUCCCCUUCCUGUCCCUGCUCCUCAUCACCUUUCUUCUUUCCCCCAUCUCCUACCCUAUAGCCUCCCCCUUUCUCUAUUGCCUUUCCCCUCCCCCACCCCUCCCACUCCCCAUCCCCUCUCCCUGCUUGGCUCCCCCCUCCCCUCUCCUCCGUUACUUUUCCGACUCACCCAGUGGUUUCUCCCAAUGACAUAAUAACAGGAUGCUCAGAGCCCGCGACUCCUUUUCUGCAAAAUAACCCUUCUUCAUAGAAACGCCAUUUAACAGAAUCUUCUAGGGCACAGACCAGGACACAAGACCUGCAUGGCAGGGCACUGUCAGGCCUGGACCCCCACCUGGCCUAACCGCACAGGAUCCGCCCCCCCCCUCCAUUUGAUUUGACUUGGGGAGAUUUUUUUAUGGUAGAGGACCCUCGCUUGGAGAAGAACAGCAGGGAAACCAGUCCUCUGCCACUACACUGGCCCACGCUGAGUGUCUCCAUCCAUGGAAUUGCCCCAGGGGCUGGUAACACAUGAGUCACUACCCCCGAGGUCCCAGCUAAGAAGCAGGUGCUGAGGACAAAAAAGGAGACACCAGCUAGGGGGCGAAGGAAGGAAAGAAAGAGAGAAUCCCAGCUCUGGGCAGGCAGCGAAGUCUUGUGGUUAGCAGAGCGGAGGAACCUGGGAGCCAGAACUCCUGGGGUCUGCCCCAGAGCUGGGAGAGAAGCAGGGCCUAGUAGGUUAGAGCAGGGGGGAGCUAGGAGCCAGGACUCCUGGGUUCUAUCCCAGCUCUGUAGAAAACCCCCUCUGUCUCCUGCUGUGGCUCGUGCCCCCCAUUACUUCUGCCAAGCUGGAGUCCCUGAAGCGCUGGAAUGAGGAGAGAAUGGUGUGGUGCGAGAAGGGGGUCCAGAUCCUUCUGACCACCGUGGGGGCCUUUGCAGCCUUUGGCCUUAUGACCAUUGCCAUCGGCACUGAUUACUGGCUCUAUGCCCGCGCCUUCAUCUGCAACACCACCAACAUCUCCAGUGAGGAGACCCAGCACAAGGACAAGAAGGACCCAGGUGGCUUGACGCACUCCGGGCUCUGGAGGAUAUGCUGCCUCGAAGGUCUGAAGAGGGGAGUGUGCCUGAAAAUUAAUCACUUCCCAGAAGACACGGAUUAUGAUCAUGACAGUGCAGAGUACCUCCUACGUGUGGUUCGUGCCUCCAGCAUCUUCCCCAUCCUCAGUGCCAUCCUGCUGCUGCUGGGAGGGUUCUGCGUGGCUGCCAGUCGUGUCUACAAGUCCAAGCGCAACAUCAUCCUCGGGGCUGGGAUCCUGUUUGUUGCAGCAGGCCUCAGCAACAUCAUCGGGGUGAUAGUGUACAUCUCGGCCAACGCUGGUGACCCAGGCACAAAGCGUGAUGAGGAUAAGAAGAGCCACUACUCCUAUGGCUGGUCCUUCUACUUUGGAGGCCUGUCCUUCAUCCUGGCUGAGAUGAUCGGCGUUCUGGCUGUCAACAUCUACAUUGAGAAGAACCGUGAGGCCCACUGCAAGAGCCGGACCGAGCUGCUGAAGAACCCAUCCUCCUCCUCCUCGGCGGCCAUCUUGCGCCUGCCCAGCUACCGCUUCCGCUACCGCCGCCGUUCCCGCUCCAGCUCUCGCUCCACUGAGCCAUCACAGUCGCGGGACACCUCGCCUGUGGGCCUUAAGGGCUUCCCCUCCACCGACAUCUCCAUGUACACGCUCUCGCGGGACCCAUCCAAGGCCAACGUGAGCAGCCUCUAUGGAGGCGAGAGGGAAGCUUCUGCAGGGGCCAGUGGGGCUGGCAGUGGGUUCCUUCAGCUCCACAACACCUUCCCCAAGGACCCCGGCGUGACGGUGACGGUGACAGGUCCUGGUGUGGCUGGCGCCACUGGCACCCUGGGGAAGGAUGCCUCCUCCAACACCAACACGCUCAACAGGAAGACCACGCCGGUGUAGGGAAUGCGGCAGGGAGGCUGGGGGGUGGGGUGGGGAUGUGGGCACAGGGAUGUGGCUGCCAUGAUGAGCCACAGCAAGGGUGGCACAGGAGGUCAUUAGCCAAUAGAGCAUCUCUUCAGGCGUCUUUCCAGCCCCACUUCCUCUUUCCUUCAUUUGUUCUUCCUUCUUCUGCCUUUCUGCUUCUGCCCUUGGCUCCUGGCCUGCCUUCUUUCAUCAGUGCUCAUUUUUCGUUCUUUCACUCUCUCUUUCUGUGGAGAAUCGACCAUGUCCCUCUUUUCCUGCUGGCAGGAAGUUUCUUCUACCCAUUCUCAUAUCUCAGGGGAAAGGUGGCGUAGGGAGUGAGCCCUGGGAGGGGAGGGAGAACA